AGCACACAGACGCACACAGACUGUUACUGGCCCGGAGAGAUACUUUCUUCACUUUCAUCAUUCGCCCCAACGUGGCUACCAUGACAACAGAGGCAACUGCUGUGACUGAGGCAGACACUGAGGGCAAGCAGAAGACCAGUGGCGCUGAGCCCGAACCCGAGCCAGAGAACAAGCAGAAGACAGAGGCGGCGACAUCUGACCCAGAGGGGGAGCAGUCGAGCAAAAAGGCCCAGGAACAGGUCACUGAGCCUGGGCCUGCCGAAGCAGCGACCUCCCCUGAGGAGGAGCAGCUAAAGCCUCGUACCAGGACCUCUGCUGGCAAAGGCCUUUCUCGUCUCUUCUCUUCAUUCCUCAAACGCCGAUCGCAGUGCUCAGAGGAAGAGGUGUUUGAGGCGGAAAAAGCCAAAGACGAAAAGGCAGACAAAGAGGAAAAAGUAGAUAAGAAAGAAGAGGAGACGGUGGAAGAAGGGAAAAAUCAAGACGAGGAGGCCAAAGCAGAGGAGGAAAAACCAGAGGUGAAAGAAGUGAAAAAGAAAGACGACAAAGCAGAACCUAAAGAAGAGAAAAAGAAGGUGGAAGAAAAAGUAGAGAAGAAAGGUAGCAAAAAGAAAAAGAAAGAGGCCAAGAAAAAAGCAGAAGAAAAGGAUGAAGAGAAAGUGAAAAAGGAGGAGACAAAAAAGGAGGAGACAAAAAAGACAGAGACAAAAAAGGAGGAGACAAAAAAGGGGGAGGAAAACCAGCCCAAGAGGAACACAAGGAAGAGGCUGUGA